AUGGCCUACUGCUGCGGGAUGCUUCGACAGCGGCACAUAAAUAAGGCGCAGUGCGUAAACCUUCAUGUCGGAAGCGAAGUCAAGCUCCAGUUGUUGGACUGGUGUCCAUGCUAUCCUGGGAAAGCGGAUGCACGGAACCCCAAAGCUGCUGGUCGGCAUCUGGUUGCAGUCAACCUUUUGAUAGCCAGUAAUUUUCUAUCUCCGACUCCGAGAGUCACACAUACACCAGUUUUGUUUCAAGCCACUUCCGAAGUUCAGCCUGUUGCCUUCACCUUGUACAUAUCCAAACACUCUACUUCGGAAUCGGUUCCCUAUCAUGCUCGGCGAGCUUCAUAA